AUGGUGGGGUUGGGUAGUCCUAAACCUACUACCAUAAUUUUGCAGUUGGUGGAUAGGUCGGUAGCUAGGUCUGAGGGUGUUGAAGAAGAUGUACUGGCACAAGUGGGAUCAUUGAUUUUCCCAAUAGAUUUUGUAGUGUUGAAUUUUGAGUUUGAUCCUGAGGUCCCCUUCAUCUUAAGGAAACCUUUCUUUGAAACUGGAAGGGCAAUGAUUGAUGUAGCCGCUAGGGAGCUUUCUAUGAGGACUCAUUAUAAAGUAGAGUUCCUUGAUGUUUCACUUAUAAUGACAACUAGAGAUCGUCUGGAGCCUCUAAAUAGGGUGUUGGGUCCUCCACCCAAGCCCUCCAUUGAAGAAGAACCCAACUUGGAGAUAAAAAACACUACCGUCCCACCUCAGUUAAUGUGUGAUGCAAGUGACAUAGCAUUUGGAGUAGUGUUUGGGCAGAGAAAGGAAAAGGUCAUAUUUGGUGGGAAUCAAAGUGAUAGUUCACACUGA